CCAGCAAUCCCCCUUGUCCUUGCUUAUCCCCGUGCAGGAGCAGAACUCCACCGGCUGUUCCCAGCGAGGGCGGGCUGGCAUGGCCAUGCUCCAGCUGCACCUGUACCUCACGGCCCUGGGCUGCUGGGUGACACAGCUGUCCAGCUCCCUGCUGCUGCCCAACGCCACCGAGCUGCUGUCCCCGCCCGCGGGCGCGGCCGCGGGGCUGCUCCGGGCCGAGGGGGUCCCGCGGGGCCGGCGGAAGAGAUUCCUGUCCCCCCAGGACAUGGGUGUGAUCCUGGACUACCACAACCAAGUGCGGGCACAGGUGUCUCCACCCGCUGCCAAUAUGGAAUACAUGGUGUGGGAUGAGCGUUUGGCCAGGGCAGCGGAGGCGUGGGCUGCGCGCUGCCUGUGGGACCACGGCCCCCCCGAGCUGAUGAAGUACGUGGGACAGAACCUCUCCAUCCAGUCGGGCAGGUACCGCUCUGUGCUGGACAUGGUGAAAUCCUGGCACCAGGAGAAGCAGCACUACUCCUUCCCCCAGCCCCGGGAGUGCAACCCCCGCUGCCCCUCCACGUGCAGCGGCUCCGUCUGCAGCCACUACACACAGAUGGUGUGGGCAACCUCGAGCCGCCUGGGCUGUGCCCUGGGCACCUGUGCCAACGUGCGGGUGUGGGGCAGCACGUGGCGCCACGCCAUCCUCCUGGUCUGCAACUAUGCCAUCAAGGGUAACUGGCUGGGGGAAGCGCCCUACAAGGUGGGGCGGCCGUGCUCAGCCUGCCCCCCCAGCUACGGCGGGGGCUGCUCCAACAACAUGUGCUUCAGUGGAGUCAAAUCCAACCAAGUCAGCUGGUUCUAGGGCUGCAGCCCCACGAGGAGCCCUGGCAAUGGAGAUGGGGUGAACAACAAUUAUUUAUAACACUGACCCCCCCGGCAGCCUGGCUGUCCAACCUGCUUCAUCCUAAUGGCACGUAGGAAAAUGCUUUUCUAACACAUCUCCAGCAGUGCUGUCUGGCUGCUUCCCACUUUGGGGGAACUACAGACAGUGCAGGUCCCUAUUUUCUGAAAUGGGGAUGGUUUUGGGAUGCAUGGAGGGAGUGGGGCUGGCUGGCAUGGUCCCUGCUCUGCAGACUCAGAGGGUUUUCCCCUCGGUGCUAAGGCUGGUUCCAAGAUGUUUCCCUCGUGGUAAGCUGGAUAAGUGGGGAGCCCUGAACAUGCUCCUGCUUCACAGCAGCCCCUCUGACUGUGGAGCCCCCAGCUCUGAGCCCCCAAUAAAGCA